GAUCGCCGCAAUUAGCAUCUCCAUGGAAACGCACAUUACAGAUCAUCAACUCUGAAAGACACGAACCAACCCGUAGCGCAUAUGGACGGUGUCUGAAGAGUCAACGGUCCGUAGUACUUCCAAACGUCUGCAUUUUGUGGCGCAGCACAUCCCAGAGCCUUGUUGAGGGUCGCUACAUGGUUAGCUAAGGGCUAUCGCCAGAACAGCUUCUUCUUCAUUACCGAUGUUAGAAGGAGGCCAUCACAGCUGGACACGUUCCCAUCGCCAUGGCCGUUUCAGUAGAGGAGGUUUCUUCGUCUCUUGUGCGGGAAUAUCUGAGUCGAAAGGGACUCAAGAGGACGAUUGCCUGUAUGGAUGAAGAGCAUCCACGCACAGCGGCCAGUAUCAACAACAGAUCCCACCUGAGACAGACUCUCAACAUGGAGGAUCUCUACAGAAAGAAUAAGGUUCAGAACUCCCCUCUGAAAACAUUACUGGAGAUUAUUGUGAAGCAUCACAUUAAAGGCCUUAAAAAUGACAAAAUGACAUGCAAUGAAAGUGAUCCCUUGGAAUCUGCUCCAAUUGUUAGCUCGAUUGCUAAUUGUCCUGCAGUAGCCCCAACCAUAAUGAAUGGCACAAAGACAGAGGAUAGCGCUGCAGCAUUUGUCAUUAGCAAACACGUCAAAACAAGGUCUGAUAUAGAGGGAAUCGGCCCCUCUCAGCCAAUACGUACGUCCUUAUUGGCUGAGACAGACAGAAUGUCCAGUCAUGAUCAAAGAGGUAUUUGGGUUUGUGACUCAGAAGACCAAAAAGGCCAGCCACUGGCGCCUUCCCUCCAGGACAAGGAGAGCUUCAUCAGAAGAGAACCAGAAAAAAAGCCCUUCCUCAUGGAGAGCACUCAACGGAGCAGAACUAAUCGAAUCAUACGUGGCAUGAUGGCUGGACCAAUAGCUAGCACGGCUCAGGAACCACACAAAAAAAGACAGACUCGAAGGCUAGAAGUGCCCCAGCCACUGCUCAGAAAAGAAGAAGAAAACAGGCAGUCUAAGGAUGGACUGUUAAUGGCUGACUUACAUCAAAAAGGCUUAGAAAGCAGGCCAACUGAAAUCAGCUCAGUUGAGUGCGUAGGAGGGCGAUGGGAGUUGCGGAGAGCUCCUGAGAGACUGCGGAGGGAAAACAGCUUUGAAAAAAUGGGACAAGAUAGAAAGAAUAAAGUAAAGUCUUUGACGAGGCCAAAUGCGGCUGAUCUAGAUGUGUCUGAGAUGGUUUUAGAUGAUAUUGAUGAUGAUGAUGAUCUUCGAGAGCUCUCCAAAGUAUCUUUUCAGAGAACUAUGGCGAAGCACAGCUAUGCCAGCCACCCAAUGGACCAACACACUGCCACGGAAUUGAAAGCGGUUCUACUUGGUUCCACCCUAAAUUGUUUCAAUGUUGAGUGGAGGAAUCAGGGUUUCACAUUCUCAGAGACACAUGACCUGAGAUAUGGAAUUGUGCAGAAAAAGGGUGGUCCUUGUGGAGUUCUGGCAUCCAUCCAAGCCUUUGUUCUAAAGAAACUGCUGUUUGAAAACAUCAAAAGCAGUAAUACAGGCCUUCAGAGGUUAAGACCUUCGAACACUACCAGAAGAGAGUGUCUUGUUUUAGCUGCGGCUGAAAUCCUGUGGAGAGCUGGCGAGGAAAAACAAGCCACAAUUGCAAUAAAUUCAGGGAGGAAUCAUUUCAUCCCAGCUGGACACUACAAAUCUGAAGGAGUGCUUGAAAAGAUCACAUGUUUCACGGUGGAUAACGUCAAGGACCUGCAGUCGUUUCUGGAACAGCAUAUUGAGCAGGUGAGAGAUGCAGAUUGCAUGUCAAGUAUGCAAAAGAUUGCCAACCUUUUUGCUCUGGUCUGUGUUUCUCUCCCACAGUUCGAGACUGGGGCGUUAGGAUGCAUACUGCUGACCAUAUCUGCUGUCCUGUCUCGGUCCAUUGAAAAAGUAAGAGAGGAUAUGGACAUGCCCACCACCACACUCAUCGGAGCUCAUGGCUACUGCACUCAGGAGCUGGUCAACUUGUUGCUCUGUGGAAGAGCAGUUUCUAAUGUCUUUGACAAUGAAAUGGAGCUGGACUCAGGCAAUGGCAGCGUGACUCUACUCAAGGGAAUCAAAGGCCAGUGUGAUGUUGGCCUGCUGUCCUUGUUUGAGCAUUAUAACAUCUGUAAGGUAGGUGCUAGCCUGAAGACUCCCUGUUAUCCCAUCUGGGUGGUGUGCAGUGAAAGCCACUUCAGUGUGCUGUUUGGCCUGCAGAGGGAGCUGUUGACCAAUCAGGACAUAGGUCUGGAGUUUGACCUCUACUUUUACGAUGGAUUGGCCAAUCAGCAGGAGGAGAUCCGCCUCACUGUCUCUGUUGGCAAAUCGGCCCAGAGCUGUCAGGGCGUCACUGAUCUCAUUCCUCCACUGGAGCACUGUAUCCGAACAAGGUGGAAAGAUGCAUUUGUCAACUGGAAUGACACAGAGCCUAUUCUCUGACUGAUCACGUGGUUUGUUAUUUAAAUCAUGAAAAAGAACAUUAACAAGCAAUCUGCAAUUGCAGCGUAUUUUUGAAAGAUUUAGCAAUUAGCACGAGGGAACUUUUUCUUGAAAUCUACGUUUGGAGAAGAACUCAUGUCAUCUCAAAAUGCUGUUGCACUAUUGACCACAGUGGCCUUUUAGUCUGUACUUUUCACAUAUAGAAAUAACAAAUUGUUGUCCAUAUUUUACACUUAAUUAUCAUAUACUGCUUAUUAGAAAUUAAAUUAAUGUGAUAUUUUAAUCAUGGAAACUGUUGAAAAACGACUCAAAACGAAAGACUGAUUAAUUUCACAUCACGUUUUAACUGUUUUUUGUAUGCAUACUUACUGUCUAAUCUUCCAUUACAGUUUUGCCUUUUCAAAUUGCCUUUUAUUAAAUGUGCAGAAGUUAAAUGAGAUAAUCUGUUUGAGACAAUAAGUUGUAAAGAUACUAGAUUAAAUAAAUACAGUGUGCGUGCAUAUUUGAAAGAAUAUUGUGAAAUUGCUUCUAACUGCCCAGGUGAAUUUCCACUUUUUUACAGUAAAUAAAA